CAAGUGGGUCGAGGGCUUCGUAGUAGUCAUGAGUUUGCUCAAACACGAUAAUUCGAAUUUGUCUGGGAAUGAUGAGGAAGAAGAGCAGCCAGAUGGAGAAGAUCCUAGUACUAGAAUGUUGAUGGAUCAUGAGAAAUAUGACGAAGAACAGGCUAUGAUGUUGAAGGACAACGACGAGAAGGAGAACAACAGUACUUCUAGAGAUCAACUA